AUGAAGUUCACUCUCCUCACCCAGGCUGCUCUCGCCAUCUCCUCCAUCACUGGAGCAGUGGCCAACCCUACUCCCGAUGUUUCCAGUGUUUCCGACCUUGACAAGCGUAGAGAUUGUUCAAUGACAAUCAAGUAUGUCAAGACCUGGGUUGAGGACGGUCUAGACAGGUACCGCCACUGGCUCAUCACCGAGCCUCGCGAAGACAGACAUCUCGACUUUUGGUGCGAGGCAGUUCACUCGGUGCAGUACUUUUCCAACCGGCAAUGCUACUGGGGCGAUGAUGGAAAGUACUACGUCGAUGUGAGCGUCGUUCGAGGCCCUGCCGGUCAUGAUUACCUUAUGAGCACAUAUAACGGGGCGUGCAAGGACUUUGAGAGACUCACUGAGUGCAAGGCCAUCAAACAGUUCUAG